AGGAGCAGUGCAGACAGAGGAAACACACAGUGGACAGCGCAGCACAGAGAGGACGGGCACUCUAGCUCUUUCCACAGCGGCAUCACUGUGAGAACAACUGGCUCGCUUUAAAUGCAGGACACACAACUACUCACCUAAUCAAAGGCAUCAUGGCUCUUGUAUUUAAAUCCAUGAUUUUACUGCUGCUGCUCUCCUGCUGGCAAACUGCUGGAGCCAAAGAAGGAAAAUCCACCAAAAAAGGAAAGAAAGGAAAGCAAGUUGUCUGUCCAUCACAGCUGUCACAGGAGGAUUUGGCCCUGGUUCCGGCUAACUCCACCUCCAACAUUUUGAAUCGUCUGAUGGUCAGUUAUGACCCAAGAAUAAGGCCCAACUUUCAAGGUAUUCCAGUCGAGUCCAGGGUGAACAUCUUCAUCAACAGCUUUGGCUCCAUCCAGGAGACGACCAUGGACUACAGAGUGAAUAUAUUUCUUCGUCAGAGAUGGAACGACCCUCGUCUUCGACUGCCUACUGACUAUAAAAGUGAAGCGCUGACUGUUGAUCCCAAAAUGUUCCAGUGUUUGUGGAAACCAGACCUGUUUUUUGCCAAUGAAAAAAAUGCAAACUUUCAUGAUGUCACACAGGACAACAUUCUUCUCUUCAUAUUCAGGAAUGGGGAUGUCUUAAUCAGCAUGAGACUUUCAGUGACUCUGUCUUGCCCCCUGGAUCUCACACUCUUCCCUAUGGACACACAAUUCUGUAAGAUGCAGCUGGAGAGCUUUGGUUAUACCACCAGUGAUCUGGUGUUCAUGUGGCAGUCAGACCCGGUCCAGAUGGAUGAGAUCGCUCUCCCACAGUUUGACAUCAAACAAGAAGACAUAAAGUAUGGAAACUGUACAAAGUACUACCAAGGAACGGGGUAUUACACCUGUGUUGAGGUGAUUUUUACGCUGCGUCGACAGGUUGGUUUCUACUUGAUGGGAGUUUAUGCUCCGACUUUGCUGCUUGUUGUUUUGUCCUGGUUGUCGUUCUGGAUCAACCCAGACGCUUCAGCUGCACGGGUACCACUUGGUAUUUUAUCAGUUCUCUCUCUGUCCAGUGAGAGCAUGUCCUUGGCUUCAGAGCUGCCAAAAGUCUCAUACGUAAAGGCCAUUGAUAUAUGGCUGAUUGCCUGCCUGCUCUUUGGGUUUUUCUCCCUGGUGGAAUAUGCUGUGGUGCAGGUUUUUCUGAACAGUCCCAAACUGAUUGAAGAGGAGAAAGCAAAAAUGGCCACAAAGGAAAAAGCUUUGAAAGAAAAGGAAGCAAAGAAGCCUUCAAAUAAAUCAAACAACACAGUGAAUGGGACAGGUGGAACGCCCAUUCAUGUCAACACUUUACAGGUGGUUGAAAAUCGCUGCAAGAAAGUUUGCACCUCCAAGUCGGACCUUCGCUCGAAUGACUUUAGCAUUGUGGGGUCUUUACCUCGAGACUUUGAACUUUCCAACUUUGACUGUUAUGGUAAACCUGUUGAGGUCACAGGAGCUAUCAAGUCUCAGAAAAAAACCAACAAGAAACCCCCACCACCAAAACCUGUCAUACCUGCUGCUGCUAAACGCGUCGACCUCUAUGCAAGAGCUCUCUUCCCCUUCUCUUUCCUCUUCUUCAAUGUGGUUUAUUGGUCAACCUAUCUGUGAACGAUAGAUCGAAAUAAAUUAGCUUGUAUCGUAAUAGAAAGUAACUGUACUGAGGCUCAUAAGUGACAUUGCAAAUUAAUAUUGUGAACUUUGUCCUGGUAUUUCAUAUUACAGGGGAUGAUGUUAUAUUUCAUACCUCAAUGUAAAAACUGCAAAGACCUGCUUUUUCCUCCUGUGACUGUAAAUGAGCACAACCUGAAACUUUAAAGCUGUUUCGUUGGCCCUGCUUCCGCCUGCAGAUGGAAAAAUGUUGCAUGUGUGUUUGUGUGUUCAACAGCAUUAUGUUUUGUGUUGCUUAAACUAUGCUGCAGUCAGGCCAAUUAGACUAUGUUACUGUAGUUCUUUACAGAAAUGCAUACAAGUCUCAGCUGGCCAAUGCUGUCAAAUACAUGCUUACAUAAUAAAUACAUUCCAAAAAUA